GCAUGUUAGCAUAUGUGUUAGCAUCAACCGAGCAUCACUGAGGAACUGUCAGCUGACAGCUCACCUGUACACCCACAGACACACCCGAGGACACACAGAAACACCUGAGGAUCGGGUAGAGACAGACACACCUGAGCAAAGUUUGUCCAGGUCCCUGGAUGCCCCACGGUGCUCCGUCCUCGGCCGCGCAGUGCUUUCUGAUGGCCGGGAGUUGACCCCGCCCCUCAGGAUGACGCUGCGUGAGCAGCUGAGAGAGAAGAUCUCGGCGGCGUUUUACCGCCACGGGCUGCUGUGUGCCUCCUACCCGGUUCCCAUCAUCCUCUUCACCUCAGCCAGCAUCCUCACAUGCUGCUACCCGCUACUGAGGCUCCCUCUGCCUGGGACCGGUCCUGUGGAGUUCACCACGGCAGUCAGAGACUACGGCGUCCCCUCACCGGAGCCGCAGGGAGACCUGGGAGAACGGCCCGACUGGUACCGGGGUCCUCCGGUCGCCUACAUUCAGCAGGUGUUGGUCAAGGCGGCGGUGUCUCCGUGGGACAGCAGUCUGGUGCCGGUGGAUGCGUUUCGGUCACCGCUUAGUCGAGCCUUCAGCCUGCUGGAGGAGAUCCGCAACCAUGUCCACUCUGACAGUUCUGGUGUCCGCAGUCUGGAGACGUUGUGUCUUCAGGUGACGGACCUGUUCCCGGGGUUGAGGCGGAUGCAGUCGGUGCUCCCGGAGCACGGCUGCCUGCUGGUGUCUCCGGGGAACUACUGGCAGAACCAGCGGGAGCUGUUUGACUCGGACCCGGACCUGCUGAAGACCAUCCAGAAACACGAACCCAAAGGCCUGCACACGUCUGCCACGCUCCGAGACCUGUUGUUUGGCGUGCCGGGGAGGUUCACAGGUGUGAGUCACUACAACAGGAGGCGUGUGGUGACGUACACCAUCACUGUGGUCCUGUCCUCCUAUGAUUCCAGCUUCCUGUCCAGCCUGCGGGCUCGUCUGAAGCAGCUGCACCCGUCGGCCAACUGCAGCCUGAGGGACGACCACAUGGUCCACGUCCACUUCAAAGAGGAGAUCGGCGUGGCGGAGCUCAUCCCGCUCGUCACCACCUACAUCAUCCUGUUUGCCUACAUCUACUUCUCCACACGUAAGAUCGACAUGGUGAAGUCAAAGUGGGGUCUGGCUCUGGCGGCGGUGGUGACGGUGCUCAGCUCUCUGCUCAUGUCCGUGGGACUCUGCACGCUGUUCGGACUGACACCGACGCUCAACGGAGGGGAGAUUUUUCCGUACCUGGUGGUGGUUAUCGGUCUGGAGAACGUCCUGGUCCUCACCAAGUCCGUGGUGUCCACACCUGUCGAUCUGGAGGUCAAACUGCGCAUUGCUCAGGGUCUGAGUAACGAGAGCUGGUCCAUCAUGAAGAACAUGUUCACUGAACUCUGCAUCAUCCUCAUCGGAUAUUUCACCCUGGUGCCAGCCAUCCAGGAGUUCUGCCUGUUCGCUGUGGUCGGGCUGGUGUCGGACUUCUUCCUGCAGAUGUUCUUCUUCACCACCGUUCUCUCCAUAGACAUCCGACGUAUGGAGCUGGCUGAUCUGAACCGCCGGCUGCCAGCCGAAGCGGGACUGCCGCCGCCGAAGCCCGGCCUGCUGCGUCCUCGGGAGGUCCCACCUCCGCCGCGGCCCUCCCCCCACACCAUCACGCUGCAGACGCCGGCCUUCAGGAACCUGCGGCUGCCCAAGAGGCUGCGUGUGGUCUACUUCCUGGCCCGAACACGGCUGGCGCAGCGUAUCAUCAUGGUUGGCACGGUAAUCUGGAUUGGCAUCCUUGUCUACACUGACCCGGCUGGAAUACGCACCUACCUGGCUGCGCAGGUGUCGGAGCAAAGCCCUUUGGGAGACCCGGGGGGCGGCGGCCUGCCCCCCCACCUGGGGGUGGCGCCCGUCUUCCGUGGAGGCGAUCCUACCAGCACCCUCAGCAUCCACGCUGCUCCAGAUCCCACCCCCUUACCUGAGAACCAAUCACAAGGCCACCGGGGGCCCCUUCCCCAGGCUCCGCCCCCUGCCGUGCCACAGAUAACAUGGGGAGCGGAGGACGAGGAGGGCUGGAGGAGGUUGUCCUUCAGACACUGGCCGUCGCUCUUCAGCUACUACAACAUCACUUUAGCCAAGAGAUACAUCAGCAUCCUGCCUGUCAUCCCCGUCACCGUUCACCUGAGUCCUCAGGAGGCCAUCGAGACUCGCCACCCUCAGGACACCAGACAUCCGCCGCCAUCCAUCCCCAAAGUCUCAGCUGAUCUCCAGACAGACCUGACCCUCUACAAGGUGGCGGCACUGGGCCUGGCAGCGGGCGUCCUGCUGGUUCUGCUCCUCUUCUGUCUUUACCGGGUUCUCUGCCCUCGCAACUACGGCCAGAACGGCAUGGCUCAUGGGCGCCGGCGCCGAGGGGACCUGCCCUGCGACGAUUACGGCUACUCGCCGCCUGUCAGUGAGAUCUCGCCGCUGCUGCUGAGGGGCCACAGUAUGGACAUUGAGUGUUUGGCGAGUGACGGGAUGCUGCUGGCCAGCUGCUGCCUGGCGGGACAGAUUCGUGUUUGGGAUGCUCAGACUGGCGACUGUUUGACUGUCAUCCCGAACCACAAGCUCAGGCGCAGCAGCAGCAGUGGCUGCUGGGAGCAACGUGAUGGCUGGGACGGCGUGGGCGGAGCCACGGACUCAGAGUGUUCGGAGGCCCGCGGCUCGUCCGUCGCUGCUGACGGGCUCUCGGAGGAGGAGCGGGGCUACCCACUGAGGCGGCGCUCGGCUCCUGCCCGGCCCGCUCUGUUCACGGACCAGCCUGACCUCACGCCGCUCAUCGACACCAACUUUGCCUCCCAGCCCCCCUCCCACCUCUGCACCCCACCCAGGGAUGGCUUCGACUUUGGCGGUCUGGUGGAGCGUGCCUACAUUGAGCACGAGCCCCCCUCCCCCUCUACCUUCCCGUCUCCAUCCUCGGCCUCGUCCUCGCCGCCCUCAGGGGCCCCGCUACAGAGGAGACCCAGCUCAGGGGACAUAGCCACCCUCCUGAGCCAGGAGCGAGGCUGCGCCGCGGGGACGCUGGCGGCGGACUGGGAGAGCUCGGUGUGGGCCAUGGAGCUGCGAGGAAACCUGAUUGCUGCUGGGAGGAGCAGCGGGAAGCUGGAGCUGUGGGAUGCAGUUGAGGGAUCGUUACGCUGUGUUAAUGAGGACGGCGUCUCCGGGAUCACAGCGCUGGCCUUCCUCAACAACAGGAUCGUGGCGGCUCGGCUGAACGGCUCUCUGGAUUUCUUCACCGUGGAGAUCAAUAAACCUCCUGGUCUGCUGCAGUACAGAGGCACUCCUGGGCGAGGCAGCGUGCCUCCGUCUCCCUGUUACAGCAGCGAGGACGUCAUCAGCUGCCAGCUUACACGCUCCGUUCAGUGCGCUCACCAGAAGCCAAUCACCGUGCUGCGAGCGGCUGCCGGGAGGGUUGUCACCGGCAGCCAGGACCACACAGUCCGGGUUUAUCGUCUGGAGGACUCGUGUUGCCUCUUCACCCUGCAGGGUCACUCUGGAGGGAUCACAGCCAUCUACAUAGACCAGACGAUGGUUCUGGCGAGCGGUGGUCAGGAUGGCGCCAUCUGUCUGUGGGAUGUCCUGACAGGGAGUCGUGUCAGCCAUGUUUAUGGUCACCGUGGUGAUGUCACCUCCCUGGUCUGCACCACAUCCUGUGUGAUCAGCUCGGGGCUGGAUGACCUCAUCUGUAUCUGGGACCGCAGCACGGGGAUUAAACUGUACUCCAUCCAGCAGGACGUGGGCUGUGGAGCCAGUCUGGGGGUCAUCUCAGAGUCCCUCCUGGUGACGGGGGGUCAGGGCUGCGUCUCCUUCUGGGACCUGAACUUUGGCGACCUGCUGCAGACGGUGUACCUGGGCCAGAGCAGCGACGGGCAGGGUGUCCGCCAGCUGCUGGUACUCGACAAUGCCGCCAUCAUCUGUGACUUCGGCAGCGAGCUGAGCCUGGUGUACGUCCCCUCGGUGCUGGAGAAGCUGGACUGAGGACAGACGGAGGGACGUUACCGUGGUGACACUCGUUCGUAACUGGAUCUUUUUUAAUAUUCCUGCUGCUGCGCUUGCUUUCGGCGGCGUGCAGCAACAGCCGGCACUGCAGGCCACUUCCUGUCAGGACGAGCAGCGCCUUUAUACGUGUGUGUGUGUGUGUGUGUGU